AUGGUCAAACCGGCCAACUUUCUCCCUCCCGAUCCGCGACCAUGGAAGGCCGAACCCGAGAGUCGUAAACAGCGAAAAGAGUUUGAGAAAGAGGCCGGUGGCUUCGACUGGGGACAAGCCCUUGCACUUGGCCUCAUCGGCGCCACCGUAGUCUUCGGCAUCGACAAGUCCCUCCGACGGACGGAGGAGAAGUACGAGGAAGAGGAACGGAGGGAAGAGAGACGGAGACAGCGACAGUCGCGGUCUCGCCCCCCGAGGAGCAGCCGGAGCCAGGCCGCUUGGGAACGGGAUCGGGACCGGGACAGCGGCCUCGACAGAGACGACCGGAGCUUUCGGGACGGCCAGAGCGACAGGGAAUACUAUGAUCGCGAUUGGGACGAGAGCGAGUACAAAUCAGUGAGGGAUUACGGGCCGCCGGGGAGCGAGGCUUCUGAGCCGAGGGUGCGGAUGAGGGAGGGAAGCGUAAGGGACGAGCGGGAGUAUGCACGCGCUGUAGACCCUUUCGAGAGGAACUACGGGUAUGGCCGGCGGUACGAUGAGCAUAAACGCAGCCGGAGCAACCCAGCUUCGCGGUCAAGGGACUAUUGGUGA